AUGGCCGAUACGACGCUGCCGAAGGCCAUGGCCGAGAUGGCCGUCUCCAAGACGAAGGAGUUGAAGGGCACGGAAAAGAGGGACAGCCUGGUCGAGAUCGAGAAGAAGUAUCAGAAGAAGUGGGAGCAGGAGGGCGUUUUCCACGCUGACGCGCCGUCCCUCGAAGAGUAUCCUCUCGGCUCCAUCAGUCCCGACGAGCUGCGCGAGAAGUUCCCCAAGUUUUUCGGCACCGUCGCCUACCCUUACAUGAACGGCCGUCUCCAUGCCGGGCAUGCCUUCAGCUUCAGCAAGAUCGAGUUCCACACUGGCUUCGAGAGAAUGCGGGGCAAGCGCUGCCUUUUCCCGCUGGGCUAUCACUGCACGGGCCUGCCCAUCAAGGCUUCUGCCGACAAGCUGGUGGAUGAGGUCAAGAAGUUCGGCCAAAACUUCGAGCGCUACAAAGAAGAGGAGGAGGACGACGAACCUGCACCAGCUGCGCAGAAGGGGCCGAAGGAGGACCUGAGCAAGUUCAACGCCAAGAAAGGCAAGGCUGCGGCGAAGAAGGGCAAGGCGAAAUACCAGUGGCAGAUUCUGAACUCUAUUGGUAUUCCGCUGGAGGAAAUCCAUCACUUUGCAGACGCGCAACACUGGCUGCAAUAUUUCCCUCCGGAGUGCAAGAAGGACCUGACCAACUUCGGUGCGCGGAUAGACUGGCGCCGCCAGUUUGUGACGACCGAUGCGAACCCCUACUACGAUGCCUUCGUGCGGUGGCAGAUCAUCCGGCUCAGGGAGUUGGACAAGAUCAAGUUCGGCAAGCGCUACACCAUCUACUCUAUCAAAGAUAACCAACCAUGCAUGGACCACGACCGGGGCGAAGGAGAGGGCGUGCUCCCUCAGGAAUACACUGCUCUGAAGCUCAAAGUCCUGGAAUGGGCUCCUGAGGCCACCGAGGCCAUCAAGGGCAAGGUCCCCGAGGACGCUACAGUCUACCUCUGCCCUGCGACCCUCAGGCCCGAGACGAUGUACGGGCAGGUGUGCUGCUUUGUCGGUCCCAACUUGACCUAUGGCGUAUUCAAGGCGUCUGAGAAGGAGUAUUUCGUUAUUACCAAGAGGGCUGCCCGGAAUAUGGCCUACCAGGGGAUCCUCAAGCAGGAGGAUGUCCUAAACGAGGAUAAGACUGACAAGGCUGUCCCCCAGAUCCUGGGCUGGCAGCUCAUCGGUACGCUCGUUAACGCGCCUCUUAGCUUCCAUAAGCAGGUCCGCGUUCUGCCCAUGGAGACAAUUCUAGCUACCAAGGGCACUGGCGUUGUGACAUCCGUUCCCUCAGACUCUCCAGACGAUUACAUUAUGAUGGACGACCUCGGCAGGAAGACCGGUUACUACAACAAGUUGCUGAAUGACCUCGCCGCCGAUUUCUACAAAAGGAUGGGGAGCGAUGGGGAGCCUAGGGACCGUAUCAAGGAAGAGUGGGCCAAAUUGGAGAUCUUCCCCAUUAUCCAGACGCCCACAUCGGACCGGCUGGCUCCCCACCUGGUCAAGAAGCUGAAGAUCCAAUCGCCCAAGGAUACCCAGAAGCUACAGGAGGCGAAGGAGCUUGCCUACAAGGAAGGGUUCUACCAGGGUGUCAUGUUGGUUGGGGACCUCAAAGGUGAAAAGGUCGAGGUUGCGAAGCCCAAGGUCAGGGAGCAGCUCAUCAAGAGUGGCGAGGCGUUUGCCUACGCCGAGCCUGAAAACAAGGUGGUGUCGAGGUCUGGUGAUGAAUGCAUUGUCGCUCUUCUUGAUCAAUGGUACUUGGAUUACGGCGAGGACAAUUGGCGCCACAUCGCCUAUGACUACGUCGAGAACAAGGAUGGCAAGGGCCUCGAGACCUACUCUCCUGACACCCAACACCAGUUCAAGGGUGUUCUCAACUGGCUCAGACAAUGGGCCUGCGCACGAACAUACGGCCUAGGCUCCAAGCUUCCUUGGGAUCACAGCUCCCUUGUGGAGAGUCUGAGCGAUUCGACCAUCUACAUGGCGUAUUAUACCAUCGUUCCGUGGCUGCACACGGAUCUCUUUGGUCGCCAGAAGGGCAAGGGCGAUGUUGCUCCUGAACAGAUGAUCGACGAAGUCUGGGACUAUAUCUUCUGCCGGACACAGUGGUCGGACGAGCUCGUCUCCAAGUCCGGGAUCCCCAAGGAGACCCUGCAGGGAAUGAGAAGGGACUUCGAGUAUUUCUACCCGCUUGAUAUCCGAGUCAGCGGCAAGGAUCUGAUUCCGAACCACCUUACCUUCUGGUUGUACAAUCAUAUCGCUCUCUUCCCACGCGAAUACUGGCCUCGCUCCGUCCGUGCCAACGGCCAUCUUCAGCUGAACGGCGAGAAGAUGAGUAAAUCCACCGGCAACUUCAUGACCCUAGACGAUAUUGUGAGGAAAUACGGUGCCGAUGCCGCUCGUGUGGCCCUCGCCGAUGCCGGUGAUGGAAUCGCGGAUUCCAACUUCGUCGAAGAUGUGGCGGAUAACACCAUUCUGCGGUUCUACACGAAUAAGGAGUGGAUUGAGGAGAUCGUCAAGGACGACAAGCUUAGAACCGGCCCUCUCAACGACUUCCAGGACGCUCUAUUCGACAACGAGAUGAACGCCCUGGUGCACGAAGCCAGGAAGCAAUACGAGGAGACGUCAUACAAGCUCGCCCUCAAGGCGGCUCACUACGAUUUCUUGAACGCCCGGGAUACGUACAGAGAAGCAUGCAGUGCUGCCGGAAUCCCGCUCCACAAGGAUCUUGUCUUCAAGUACAUUAGACUUCAGGCACUCGUCCUCACUCCAAUCGCCCCUCACUGGCCCGAGUACAUCUGGCUCGAGGUCCUGGGCGAGAAGAAGUCGAUUCAGUUCGCAACCUGGCCCGAAGUCCCGCCUGCCAACCCAGCCCUCAGCGCGGCCCGCGAAUACGUCAAGCAGACGUCGUCCAAUAUCCACUCUGCCGAGGGUGCGCAGCUCAAGAAGAUGGCCAAGGGCCGGCAGAGCGACUUUGACCCGAAGAAGCCCAAGAAGCUGACUAUCUUCAUGACCGAGUCCUUCCCUUCAUGGCAAGCAAAGUACAUUGAGCUGCUUAAGGAAGUCUGGGAUCCGGCUACCAACAGCCAGAAGAUCGAUGACAAGGAGCUCAAUGGAAGGAUCGGCAAGAUGGGCGAGAUGAAGAAGGCGAUGCCGUUUGUCCAGGCCCUCAAGAAGCGGCUGAGGGACGGUGAACCCGCUGAGGUGGUGCUCGAGCGGAAAUUGGCAUUUGACGAGAAGAAGACGCUUUUGGCAAUGGUCCCCGGCCUGAAGCGCACCGCCGGCCUGGAGAGCGUUCAGAUCCUCGCCGUUUUGGAGGGCAGCAAGACAGGCAAAGAUCUGACGGGUAACGGCGAGGAGGUUGACGUCAAGACACCCGUUGCCGAGUCUGCGCUACCCGGGCAGCCGAGCUUCUUCUUCGAGAACGUUUAG